AUGGCACCCAAGGCACUUUGCUGCUUUUCCGUCGACAUUGACGCUGUUUGCGGUUGGAUCGGAUCAUACGGAGGCGAAGAAUCCGUUUCUGACAUCUCACGAGGUUACUUCGCUGGUACUGUUGGAGUCCGGCGUCUGCUAGACCUCUCCAAGAAGUACAAUAUCAAAACAACUUGGUUCAUUCCCGGCCACACCUUAGAGACGUUCCCCGAAGAGUGUGCUCUUAUCAGGGAUGCCGGCCAUGAAAUUGGUCUGCACGGUUACUCGCACGAGAAUCCGAAGGAGAUGACAGUUGAACAGCAACGAGUGGUCCUUGACAAGACGUACCGACUUGUCACGGAGUUCUGUGGCAAGCCUCCUAGAGGCUCAGUAGUCCCGUGGUGGGAGACUCCCAAGGAAGGCGCCGAGCUCAUGUUGGAGUAUGGUCUUGAAUACGAUCACUCGUUCUCUCAUCACGACGCGAUACCUUACUGGCUGCGUGUCGGGGACGAAUGGACCAAGAUUGACUACUCGAAGCAUCCAGAUACAUGGAUGAAGCCGCUGGUGAGAGGUGAGGAGACCGGCUUAGUGGAGAUUCCUGCAAGCUGGUAUCUGGAUGAUCUGCCUCCAAUGAUGUUCAUUAAGAAUGUGCAGAACAGCCAUGGCUGGGUGCAUCCAUCGGUUGUCGAGGAUCUGUGGAAGGACCACUUCGACUUCUUCUACGAGAACUAUGACAAUUUUGUUUCCCAGUCACAAUUCACCCCGAUGUUUCGGGGCACCCUCAUGCACUAA